CUAACGGUAGCUAACGGUUGGCACUAACGGCAGCUAACCGUUGGCACUAACGGCUGUAGCUAGCCGCAGCCGGGCAGACUGAAAUUGUACCGACAGUCCUACCAACAUAAAGUCGAGCACCGGGGGUUGCUCUGCUGUUCAGCGCGGGAAAGUGACACUGUGGCAAACUAAUGAGUGUCGUCCGCCCGCUGUCACACGCGUUAAGCUAACGGAAGGGUAACUGACAGCCAGGGUUGCUAACGUCGUCACUAAGCUAAGCUAGUAUGAGCCGACGCGCAGAUACCGGUGUGACAGCCGGAGACACCGCUGCUGCGCUACCAGAUGAUUUGCUGGAGAUCAGCAGCGCAGAGCAGAAUGGGUCAUGUGAGGGAGCGGUGGCGAUCCUGGAUGCUGGGGCCCAGUACGGAAAGGUGAUUGACAGGCGGGUGCGAGAGCUGUGUGUACGCUCUGAGAUCCUCCCUCUAGAGACCCCAGCCUUCGCUAUCAGAGAGCAGGGCUACAGGGCAAUUAUCAUUUCAGGAGGUCCGGCUUCUGUGUAUGCAGAAGAUGCCCCCUGGUUCGACCCUGCCAUAUUCACCAUAGGAAAGCCUGUGCUUGGGAUUUGCUAUGGGAUGCAGAUGAUGAAUAAGGUUUUUGGUGGCACAGUACACAAAAAGAGCGUGAGGGAAGAUGGAGUGUUCAGUAUUGGACUGGACAACACUUGUUCUCUCUUCAGAGGUUUGCAGAAGGAGGAACUGGUCCUGCUGACCCAUGGAGAUAGUGUGGAUAAAGUGGCUGAUGGCUUUAAAGUGGUGGCCCAAUCAGGGAACAUCAUUGCCGGGAUUGCUAACGAACAGAAGAAGCUGUAUGGGACGCAGUUUCACCCUGAAGUCGACUUGACGGAGCGAGGCAUGGAGAUGCUGCGCACCUUCCUGUUUGAGAUUGCCGGAUGCACGAGUAACUUUACCGUACAGAACCGCCAACAGGCCUGCAUCGACGAGAUUAGAGAAAAAGUAGACAAGUCUAAAGUGCUGGUGCUGCUGAGUGGCGGGGUGGACUCCACAGUUUGCACAGCUCUCCUCAACAAAGCCCUCAACCAGGACCAGGUGAUAGCAGUGCACAUCGACAACGGCUUCAUGAGGAAGAGAGAGAGUCAGAGUGUGGAGGAGGCCCUCACCAAGCUGGGCAUCAAACUCAAAGUGGUAAAUGCAGCUCACACCUUCUACAACGGAACGACAACCCUCCCCAUUUCCGAGGAGGACAGGACACCACGAAAACGCAUCAGCAAGACUUUGAAUAUGACUACCAACCCGGAAGAAAAAAGGAAAAUCAUUGGAGAUACAUUUGUCAAAGUGGCAAAUGAAGUGAUAGGAGAGAUGAAUCUGAAGCCAGAAGAGGUUUUCCUGGCCCAGGGUACCUUACGGCCCGAUCUCAUUGAGAGUGCCUCUCAUCUCGCCAGCGGCAAGGCAGAGGUCAUCAAAACACACCACAACGACACUGAGCUCAUCCGCAAACUCCGAGAUGAGGGUAAAGUAAUCGAACCGCUGAAAGAUUUCCAUAAAGAUGAAGUCAGAGCGCUGGGGAGAGAGCUGGGCCUGCCAGAGGAGAUUGUCUCCCGACACCCUUUCCCUGGUCCUGGUUUGUCCAUCAGAGUGAUCUGUGCAGAGGAGCCCUACAUCUGUAAGGACUUUGCUGAAACAAACAACAUCCUCAAAAUCAUCACAGACUUCUCUGCAAGCGUCAAAAAGCCCCAUGUCUUGCUGCAGAGAGUCAAGUCGUGUAUAUCAGACGAGGAGGAAGAGAAGCUCAUGCAGAUCACCAGCCUUCAUUCACUCAAUGCCUUCCUGCUGCCCAUCAAAACUGUCGGCGUCCAGGGUGAUUGCCGGUCCUACAGUUAUGUGUGCGGUGUCACAAGUAAAGAAUCUCCGCACUGGGAAUCUCUCAUGUUCCUGGCCAGACUCAUCCCUCGCAUGUGCCAUAGCAUCAAUAGAGUUGUGUAUGUGUUUGGGUCCCACGUGAAAGAGCCGCCGUCAGACAUUACCCCGACUUUCCUGACCACAGGUGUUCUGAGCACGCUCAGACAGGCUGACUUUGUAGCUCACUCGAUCCUUAGAGAGUCUGGCUAUUCCGGUAAGAUCAGCCAGAUGCCGGUCAUCCUGACCCCCCUGCACUUUGACCGUGACCCACUGCAAAAGCAGCCGUCCUGCCGGCGCUCUGUGGUGGUCCGCACCUUCAUCACCAGCGAUUUCAUGACCGGCAUCCCCGCCAUGCCUGGCAACCAUAUCCCAGAGGAGGUGGUUCUGAAGAUGGUGAAUGAGAUCAAGAAGAUCCCAGGCAUCUCCAGAGUCAUGUAUGAUCUGACCUCCAAACCACCCGGCACCACAGAGUGGGAAUAAAACACAACACGACGUCACACCGACAGGACACGCACUCACACACAAUGCACAAACACGCUCAACAGAUAUCAGAGAGGGCUGGUGAACUCCUCUCCUUUUCUGUCCUCCUUCCUCUCUCCCUCCUUUCCUCACC